AUGUCUGAAAUUUUCAGUGAAGAAUCUGAAAAUCUUUGUGUCUGCAAAGAUUGUGAUACGACGUUUCAAAACGCUGGAGACUUUCAUUCUCAUAAAUGUCGAGAAGAUAAACGUAAGAGACGUAGCUUUAACAAAGACUCUGCGAGUGAUUCAUUUAAUUGUGAAGUGUGCGGAAAAGCUUUCAAAGAUGAACGAGGUAUAAAAAGGCACAUGCCUGUUCACAACACAACAUUAGACUAUGCGUGUGACACUUGUGAAAAGAAAUUCAAAACAGUUCGUGCUCUCAAAAGCCACAUGCUAAAUCACACCAAACAACCGAAACAUUUUUGUCCAGUGUGUAACAAAGGAUUCAAGGAAAGAGGAAACAUGAGAAAGCAUUUGCGUGUCCACAGCGGUGAAAAGCCUUUCAAAUGCGAAGUCUGCAGCAGGGAGUUUUCUCAGAAACGACAUUUGGUUGACCAUGAAGGUGUUCAUAGCAAUGAAAUGAACUUUGAAUGCCAAAUUUGCAAGAAGAAGUUCAGGAGACAAAAUUCUUUGAAAUUCCAUACUAUGAAUCACACUGGGGAACUGCCUCACAGAUGCUCUGUGUGCAAUGCCGGAUUUGCACAAAGCACCAAACUGCGUGUUCACAUGCGGCGGCAUACUGGUGAAAAGCCAUAUGCCUGUCAUGUUUGUGGUAAAACCUUCAGGCUUCGCAACUCUCUGAAUUCGCACUCUGUCGUGCAUUCAUCUGCAAAGCCAUUUACUUGUAAUCUUUGCAAUAAAUCAUUUAACAGACAGCUGACUCUCAAGUACCAUUACCAAACACAUUCAGAUACUAAACCUCACAAGUGUGGUUUAUGCCCCAAGGCAUUCAAGUUCAAGAGUACGCUGAGGAAGCAUUGUUCGAUGCACACUGGAGAGCAGAAGAGGAAAUGUCCCAUAUGCAAUAAG